CUGACCCGGAAGUGAUACACAACGGUCUAAACGAGGUCAAUAUGAGCAUUUUGUGUACACACUAGUUAUUACUAAAGCUGUUGUAACUAUAUAUUUUAGUGAGAGCAGGAUGUGCAAUUGCACCUUACCGAUCAAUGUAUGAUAAAUAGACGCAACAUCUUCCACGAGACAGUGCAGGAAGAGCUCGGUUAGCAAGUAAGCUACGGUAACGUAAGCUAGCUAGCCAGCCAGAUAAACAAGCCUGCAUGAUCAGAUCAAUGCAUCUUUUGGGGAUGGAGUUGGUCUAACGUCUAGAAAACAAAGGGACGUGCGGAAAAUGGGUGAAUUUUACUGUGCGAUAUGUAGGCAAACAUCUUUCUCCGGAAAAGCACACAUCUUCGGGAAAAGUCACCAGAGCAAACUCAAAGUGGUCCUUGUUAAAUUCCUUGAGAAGGUAAAAAAACAACUGCUUGCCUUAUCAAUACCGACAUAGCCAGCUAGCGAAUGUUAGCUAGGCCUAGCUACUACAGAAGCAAUGUUUGUAUCCCGCUCAAUGAGAUGCCAAUCAUAUUAACUAUUCCUGAAAGACAUGCCUGUGUUUUACAGGUGAAAGAGGCGCGUCGAACGAUAAAAAAUCCCCAGGUGGAGAAGUUUGAUUGCACUCAGCACAAGCGCAAAUGUUGGUGUUACUGCUGCGGCCUCGAAGUGGAGAGAGACGUCACUGAUGGCGAUAUCACGGUGUUGUUCGGGGGCUUGUUGGAACACAUGGCCAGGUAAGAUACAGUACUAACUAAUGUAAUUCAUUUUCAUGUUAAUAUAUAGCAGGGACGCUUUCACCCAGUGUUUUUGCUUUUCUGUAUUAAUGGCAUAACACAGACUUUUCUGAUGGCUGGCACUAUUAUUGACCAAUGUGCUUGUAAAGAUGUGGUUCGGCACUGUGUGUAUAUUUCUCAUGGAUCAACAUCACCUUGUCAUAUCAGGCCUGAACACAGGAAGGGCACCCACACAUUCUGGUGGGAGAACAAAGCUGACCCCAAACUGAGGGACAAGGUUAUAGUCACAGAAAAGGAAAUGGAGAGGUAAUAGCUCCUCUACCGUUUGCUAAAAAGUUGUAUUAGCCUACAAGUGUGCUUUGGGAAAUGUGUAAUAUGCCUCUAAACCUUUUGUUUUCAUUUUAGAUUUAAAACAGAGGUGGCAAAAGCUUUGGACUCAUUUGAGGAGAAGGAGGAUGAGUUUAUCAAGGAGGUAGGACAUGAAAUAACUCAGAGUUAUUUCUAAAGAAUAUGACAUAAUUGCAUUGUAUGUCUUUCUAGAGGAAAAAGUCAGGGCCAUAUUCACAAAGCAUCUCGAAGUAGGUGUGCUCACCUAGGAUCAGGUCUCGCCUCUUAUUCAUUCUGAUUUAAAAGUAAAAACGGACCCCGGAAAGGCACUCCGACUGAGACGCUUUGUGAAUACGGGCCCUGACGUUUUCCUCUAGAAGACAUGCAAUGCAAUCACGUAAUACUCUUUUUUAGUGACUCUGAGAUGCAUUUAUUAAUACCGGUCCAGACUGUGAAUGUGAGAACUUGGUUCUAGCCAUGGUGAUGUCUGACUGUGAGUGUUGUCUAUCCCCUAGCAAGCCACUCAUAUCCGAGCUCAGGAACAAAAUCGCCAGGAGGUCCUUCAGUCUCUCAUAGAGGUUUGUUUACCCAGGAUGCAACAACAGUAUCCAUAUCACUGUGACCUUCCCAGUUUGAUCAUGUGUGAUAUUUGUAGUGAGAUGGUAUCAAAAUUGCACUGUAUUCCCUAUAUGGUGCACUACUUUUGACUAGGGCUCAUAGGGCUCUGGUCAAAAGUAGAGCACUAUGUAUAGGGUGCCAUUUGGGACACAGACAAAAUGUAAUCUACUUUUUAUAUUCAUUCAUGUUUUGUACAUACAUUGAACAAAAAUAUAAACUCAACAUGUAAAGUGUUGGUCCCAUGUUUCAUGAGCUGAAAUAAAAGAUCCCAGAAAUGUUCCAUACGCACAAAAAGCUUAUUCCUCUCAAAAGUUAUGCACAAAUUUGUUUACAUCCCUGUUAGUGAGCAUUUCUCCUUUGCUAAAAUAAUCCAUCCACCUGACGGGUGUGGCAUAUCAAGAAGCUAAUUAAACAGCAUGAUCAUUACACAGGUGCACCUUGUGCUGGGGACAGUAAAGGCCAAUUGUGUUGUGUGACAACUGCACAAUGCCACAGAUGUCUCAAGUUUUGAGGGAGCGUGCAAUAAGGUAUCUGUGACCAGCAGAUGCAUAUCUGUAUUCCCAGUCAUGUGAAAUCCAUAGAUUAGGGCCUUAUGAAUUUAUUUCAAUUGACUGAUUUCCUUAUAUGAACUGUAACUCAGUAAAAUUGUUGCGUUUAUAUUUUUGUUCAGUAUAGAUGUUCUGAUGUAAGUUCACAUUUUGUCACAUUAUUGAAAGCUAUGAGGAAAAAAGUCACUUCAUGUUGUGGGAGUCAUGGCCCCAUAGUGUGAUGAUGAAACAACUGGUGUAUGAACCACUGUUGGCUUUUCCUGAAUCAACCUCAGCCUAAGGCAGAGCUGGAGCUAUCGAACGCACAGGGCCCUUGCAACUCAGUGGAGGAGGCUUCCAGGUAAGAAGUUGUUGUGUUCUCCUAUAAGAGGGUGUUAAUGUUAUUGGACGGUAGGCCUAAUGAUAUACUGGGGGUUGUUCAGUAGGGCACCGCACACCGUAGCAGAAUGUUUUGAAGCGGUGAACAAAAAAUUGUUUCUUAUUGAACAAGUCCAGGUAGUCCCUAUCUGUUUGUCGAUUACCCAAUCCCAAAUCGACCCCUAAACCCCACCCUAUGCACUUGUGGAGAUCUAACAGGAUUUGAUAAGUAUAAGCAAUAUGGUUAAACUUCCAUCUAGCCUAUCAGUGAGCAAGUGGAGCUAUUUCCAUAUUGCUUACACCUGUCAAAUCCUCUGAUCUCCAAAAGUGAAAAGGGUGUAGUGGUCGAUUUGCGAUUUGGCCCGUGUUCUUCCGUUUAGUCCCUAAUAAACACGACCCAGAUGUAUUCCCAAAUUGAACCUAUGACCUGUAAAUCCCACUACUCAAUGGUCUUUCCAAAUGGCUGAAAUAGACCCCUGUAUGUUUUGCAGAAUACAACAUAUGAAUGUCUAACUUAGCUUACUGGCUUAGUAAACUCAUUUAACAUUAUUUGCAUGGAUAUUGUUACAUACUGUAAAAUGUAAAUUAAGUGAAUCAGGAAGAAGCUGCUGUUGGUACACAUUGGACCAGGGCAGAUAUAUUAUAGACAUCAGGGUCUCCUUGCAUUUGUAAAGCUUACAGAAUGCACCUGUAAAUGGGCUGUAUGUAAUGUUAUUCAAGUAAUCUCUGUGUCUUUGUGUGAGUUCUGUAUCACCUGUGGUGUGUGUAUACAUUGGUGUGACGCUGUUAAUUUGAAUUUUGGCAGUAGCUCUCACUUCAGGGCCCCUGGAUCUGAUGAGCACGCCAGGUCUGGCCGGGUAGACCGAAUGGUGGCCAGGCAGUGGGUGGGCCCUGGACAGGGCCUGACCUUCAUUGGCUACCAGGUACGCCGACACGUUGCGCGUCAAUCAUGACAACUAUAUUUUCUCUUAAUGAGUAAGUGACCUGUCAAUAAAUAAUAAAAUACUUUACUAAUAUUUUUUCCUUUUGGACGGCAGGAUUCUUCCAACAGUGGAAACGUUCACACAGGUAAUUGAAAAUGAUACCGAUACUUCAAUGUCCAUUAGUCACUAUAUUGUUGUUGUCUAUAUGUGUAAGUAGAUAACUAGGUGAAUAGGUUGUGAUGAUGACUGUGUUGUAGGAGCCAUCCCUCCAUGGUUACAGGAGGACCCCCAGGAGGGCAGAUCUGGGACAAUAGAGCAGGAGAUCGGCCCAUCACUCCAGGACUUCCUCAAACAGAGUAGGUCUUUUAGGGUUCAGACACUGAGACACAUGAACAUGGAUGAAAUAGUGUAUGACGUACAUCAUUGUCAACUCUUUUUCAGACGAGUUGCAUACGUGAAAAGACGGACCGUUUUUGCCUUUUUGUGUCGUUCAGUCAUUUCCGUUGUCAUUCAUCCAGCAACGGAUGACUCCCAUUGAAAAAGCAUUGGCUCCAUCCGAAAUACUCUUGACACAAAAUCCCAAUGUGGCCACGGCCUUAAUCAAACUACCUUGUAACCAUUUUCCAAAUCCACACACAGUAAUUACUCAAAUUAACUGUCUACUGGAGGAGUUCUGGGACCACCUGGUGAAAAGAGCUCUAUAAAUUCAGUUCAUACUAGGUUUGGUUUUGACCACAGCCCAUUUAGUUCUUUGUAGAUCAGGGUCGUGUUCAAUCAGUAGACCUCAAAUCAAAUCAAAUCAAAUUUUAUUGGUCACAUGCGCCGAAUACAACAGGUGCAGACAUUACAGUGAAAUGCUUACUUACAGCCCUUAACCAACAGUGCAUUUAUUUUUUACAAAAAAAGUAAAAAUAAAACAACAAAAAAAGUGUUGAGAGAAAAAAGAGCAGAAGUUAAAUAAAGUGACAGUAGGGAGGCUAUAUAUACAGGGGGGUACCGUUGCAGAGUCAAUGUGCGGGGGCACCGGCUAGUUGAGGUAAUAUGUACAUGUGGGUAGAGUUAAAGUGACUAUGCAUGAAUAAUUAACAGAGUAGCAGCAGCGUAAAAAGGAUGGGGUGGGGGGGCAGUGCAAAUAGUCCGGGUAGCCAUGAUUAGCUGUUCAGGAGUCUUAUGGCUUGGGGGUAGAAGCUGUUGAGAAGUCUUUUGGACCUAGACUUGGCACUCCGGUACCGCUUGCCGUGCGGUAGCAGAGAGAACAGUCUAUGACUAGGGUGGCUGGAGUCUUUGACAAUUUUGAGGGCCUUCCUCUGACACCGCCUGGUAUAGAGGUCCUGGAUGGCAGGAAGCUUGGCCCCAGUGAUGUACUGGGCCGUACGCACUACCCUCUGUAGUGCCUUGCGGUCGGAGGCCAAGCAGUUGCCAUACCAUGCGGUGAUGCAACCAGUCAGGAUGCUCUCGAUGGUGCAGCUGUAUAAUUUUUUGAGGAUCUGAGGACCCAUGCCAAAUCUUUUCAGUCUCCUGAGGGGGAAUAGGCUUUGUCGUGCCCUCUUCACGACUGUCUUGGUGUGUUUGGACCAUGAUAGUUCGUUGGUGAUGUGGACACCAAGGAACUUGAAGCUCUCAACCUGUUCCACUACAGCCCCGUCGAUGAGAAUGGGGGCGUGCUCAGUCCUCUUUUUUUUCCUGUAGUCCACAAUCAUCUCCUUUGUCUUGGUCACAUUGAGGGAGAGGUUGUUGUCCUGGCACCACACGGCCAGGUCUCUGACCUCCUCCCUAUAGGCUGUCUCAUCGUUGUCGGUGAUCAGGCCUACCACUGUUGUGUCGUCAGCAAACUUAAUGAUGGUGUUGGAGUCGUGCCUGGCCAUGCAGUCAUGGGUGAACAGAGAGUACAGGAGGGGACUGAGCACGCACCCCUGAGGGGCCCCCGUGUUGAGGAUCAGUGUGGCAGAUGUGUUGUUACCUACCCUUACCACCUGGGGGCGGCCCGUCAGGAAGUCCAGGAUCCAGUUGCAGAGGAAGGUGUUUAGUCCCAGGAUCCUUAGCUUAGUGAUGAGCUUAGAGGGCACUAUGGUGUUGAAUGCUGAGCUGUAGUCAAUGAAUAGCAUUCUCACGUAGGUGUUCCUCUUGUCCAGGUGGGAAAGGGCAGUGUGGAGUGCAAUAGAGAUUGCAUCAUCUGUGGAUCUGUUGGGGCGGUAUGCAAAUUGAAGUGGGUCUAGGGUUCUGGGAUAAUGCUGUUGAUGUGAGCCAUGACCAGCCUUUCAAAGCACUUCAUGGCUACAGACGUCAGUGCUACGGGUCGGUAGUCAUUUAGGCAGGUUAUCUUAGAGUCCUUGGGCACGGGGACUAUGGUGGUCUGCUUGAAACAUGUUGGUAUUACAGACUCAGUCCGGGACAUGUUGAAAAUGUCAGUGAAGACACUUGCCAGUUGGUCAGCACAUGCUCGGAGUACACGUCCUGGUAAUCCGUCUGGCCCUGCGGCCUUGUGAAUGUUGACCUGCUUAAAAGUCUUACUCACAUCGGCUACAGAGAGCGUGAUCACAUAGUCAUCCGGAACAGCUGGUGCUCUCAUGCAUGCAUAGACCUGGGCCCGAAUUCCCGAUAGCAUUGGAACUUAGGCUUACGAGUGUUUUAACAAUGCAUCUUUCCUACAACGGCCGAAGAUGUAGCAUGUUUUUCCCAAAACACCAUGCAGAGAGAACAGUCGCUAAGUGCGUCGUUGGAGCAUGUGUCGAUACUGAUGGGAUCGAAAGAAAGGCAGUGCCGCUCUCGAAACAGCUUUGUCAAUUCAAAUCUUACCUUUAACGUUAGAAUGAUUUCACAAUACUGACAAUGGAUGCACACAUAUUAGGCUACACCAUGAAAUAUGUUGAGACAAAUUAGACAGUAGCCUAUAAGUAGCAAAAUAUAACUCAAUUUAUUGAACAUGAAAUGUAUUUCAAUAUGAUUGAAAUAGGCCUAUAGCCUACUGUAUUUAUUUUAAUGCAGUCAUCUCGAUUUUCAUUUGAAGUAUCCUUUUAUGUCGCUUGUUUGUAUCAAAAUUGCAAAGAUAUUGGCAAUGUAUUUAUAGUCAACUUUGUUCUGAAGUUAUCGGUGGUCACAGAAAGCGGUAAACCAUGUCGUUCUAUGUUUAGCGGAGAUCUGUGUAUAAAGUGACGUGGGAGGGCAAAUAAAGCAUCUAACGACGCACUUAGCAGGCAUUAGAUUACGAGCAUUUUAAAGUGCAAAAUGAAUAACGAUGCUCCUGUGAAGGUUCUAACGAACUUGGCCUUAAGAUGCUUUUGGGAAACCGGGCCCAGGGGUGUAAUUAUUAGUCCAAACAGUUGCAAAACGGAAUGAUUUGCAACUAAAACAAGUCUAUAGAAUAAAUUCAGGUAGUUCCCUCCCCGUUUCGUUUGCUUCCGUUUAUUAAAUAUUUUGCAACAGACUCGGCAAAAUGAAUACGCCCCUGGAGAUUCGACUGAAUGUUUUGCAAUGGAAAAAUAACAAUGAGCAUUUCUUAUUGGACAAGUCCAGGUAGUCCCUCUUUAUUUCAGUGUGUUUUCUUCCAUUUGGUGCCAAAUGAAUACGACCCCUGACACUCACGUUGCCAUCUCUCUCCACACAGAGGAGCAGGAGAAGCUGAAGAAACUCCCCCCUAACCGGGUGGGGGCCAACUUUGACCACAGCUCCCAGACCGACGCCAACUGGCUGCCCUCUUUCGGCCGCGUGUGGAACAGCGGACGCCGCUGGCAAUCCAGGUGAUGUACUUGUCCUGCGGCAGCCAGCUGCAAAAACGGACUAUACAGAGUUUUAAUUUGCAUAGCACUUGCAUGGAUGGAAGUGAAAUAAUCUCAGACCCAAGGAGUGCUUGUGGAUAGCAAAUUAGGGUAUUUCUUGUGUGAAGUUAACUUUCUGUUUGCUCUACUAGGCACCAGUUCAGAGAGGAAGAGGGACAGACCAACAGACGAAAGAGAAAGAGGGAUCAGGGUGCAGAGGGAACAAAGAAACCCAAACCGCCUGAACAACAGUGAAUGAACACCAUUGAUUUGGAUUGUAAAUAUAGUAUGCAUUGUACACAGAGAAAUGUUACAGAAUCAAAUGGAUUGAGUAGUUAAAAAACAAACAUGACAUUUGUUUGGAAACCAUGAAAAGUCUUUAUUUCAGGAUAUAAUGAACUGGGCUCAAUUGUAAAUUACCUUUUAAAUGUCAAGCUCACUAUAUAUAGCCUGUUUUUCAGAUUUGAAUCCCGGCCAAUGUUUUUGGCACGUGUUUUCAAAUAAAAGCAUGAACUGGUCUACAGCCACACUCCUUUGUCUCUCACAGAUGUAGUGCAAUGUGGGGAGCGGCAUUAGCCAUUAGUUGGAGCUGGGUCUUUGAAGUACAGCCGUACUGGUAUGACCAGGCCACCAGUCAUGCUUUUUCCUCCCCAGGACAGAGG